ACUUGUCACAUGACUAAAACAACAAGAGGAAGUUUUGUCUGCAAAAUGAAUUUAAAAAUUUGAUAUUUUUGGUGAUUUAAGUUAUUAGAAAGCUCUGAAAAUGCCUGGAAGUGAUUCAGAUGGGGUUUGUGCGACAGGAGGUCAAGUGGAUGAUUUGACCAUGGCAUUGAUUGAUGCAGCAUUUGACCGUAGUGAGGACUGCCAGGAAAUUAUUUCUUCAUCUAUAUUCAACCUUGGCAGAAAGAAGCCAGAAUUGGUUCUCAGCUCAAGCUAUAGUUACCUGAAAAAACAUUCCAAGUUAGCUCAAGGUCACAGAGUGGUGAUACUACAAUGUAUGGAGAGAAUUAUUCAUGAAGAGUUAGAGGUCCUCGAUAAAGACCUGUGUAUAAACCUGAUAAAACAAGGGUCUGAAGAACUCACUGAGUCUAAGGAUGUGGUUCCGGAGUGGCAGACAGCUGCUAGUGGUGUUUUGGUAGCUCUCGGGAAGAAAUACUGCAAUGAGGUGAUGGAGGAGAUGUUACAAAAGUUUCAGCCAGGGGCACUACCUCAUUUCUUUGUUGUACAGACAAUCGCCAAUCUAUGCUCUGUUAAUGUAUAUGGUAUGGUACCCCACCUGACGGCAGUUCUAGGUACAAUGUUACCUAUGUUGGGUAUGGCCAAACAGGACAACAUGAGAUGGGUGUUUUCAUCAGCAAUGUCAAAAUUCAGUGAGGCAAUCAUCGAGUAUAUAGCGAACAUAGAUAAGGCACCGGACCCCACAGUAAAGAAGGAAAUGUUUUCUGCCGAGAUUUUCUCUGCUUAUGAUGUUAUCUUCAAUGUGUGGAUCCAGUCCAAGGAGAUGAAGUUGAGAUUGGCCAUUGUUGAAGCACUAGGUCAUAUGACCCACCUGAUGGCUCGAGACAAACUAGAAGAACAGUUACCACGGAUACUGGCGGGAAUUUUGGGCCUGUACAAACGUCAUCCAGAGCCAUUCCAUAUCACACAGGGUCUAUGUAGUGUGUUGGAUGCAGUGUGUGAAGAAGGCAGCACUAUCCUGGAACCUCACCUGGAACAUGUCCUUAAUGCUCUCUUUCCACAGGUUUUUGCUCCAGUAGAUGUGACCAACCCUUUAAGUAUGAAGAACCACAAUGAGGUUCUACGAUGUUUUGCUGUCAUUGCCCGGUCAUUCUCUGGAAAACUGACUGGAAUUCUGUUACAAAAACUUGACCAGAACAACGAGAAAAUUAAAAUUGGAAUUCUGACAAUAUUCAAACAUCUUAUCAAUGCAGCAGCACCAUCUAUGGAAGACAAAAAGGAAGUGGUGUUGUCAGGGUUGAAAGGUGUCACUCAGGAACACAGUAAUAAAGUGAAGAAAGUGUUUGCUCAAAUUGUUAUAGCAAUGGGUCACCAUGGUUACAUGGAGCUAGAGGGUGGUACACAGAUGAUAGAGUUUAUUGUGACACAGUGCUCAUCACAGGAUGAACCACCAGGUACGAAGAGAUCACCUGACCCUGAGCAUGUGACCAAUGUUCAGUUACGACAGAUGUGUGACCAUGUGUUACAAUUACUCACAAAUACUGUCGAACAAAUGGAAAAUGUUUUAUGGCCAUACUUGCUGGAGCUUGUGGUACCAGAGAAAUACACGGAGGGUGCAGGGGUUGUGUGCCGUUGCCUAGCAACCAUUGCUAACAAGAAAAGAGAAGAGAAUGCUGAUGAUUAUGAACUUGACUAUGAGACUCAAGCCAAUUUACCAAAGCCAGCAGCUGUGAUAGCAAGACUUGUGACAUUAGCUGGAAGACCACAGAAUGGGAGACAGAGAGGUGUUCAUGUACUGAACCUGAUGAAAGGGCUGUCCCCUAAUCUACAUGAUAAUCUUGUUGAACUGUGGGACACUGUGAUACCAAAAUUAGUGCAAUACCUAGAAGAUCCUGACAAGCAGGAGGAAUGGUCUCAGAAGAACUGGGAGGAUUUGUUACUGAAGAUGUUGUCUAAAUCUCUCGAUGUUGUCGACCAUGAGGAGUGGAUUGCAGAGUUUGGUGAGGCCCUUGCCAACCAGAUACCUAUGUAUAGCAAAUAUUCAGAGGAAAAGAAUUUCCUGUACAAGUGUAUUGGGAUUGUCAUGCGCAAAUCAACAAAGAAGGAUUUUGUGAACAAAAUGUUAGAUCAGGUGUUUGGUACAGUCAAGCAUACCGACCAAACUGAGAGAGAGGGAUGUGCUGUAAGUUUAGGAUUCUGCGCUACAUCUCACCUGGAUGCUGUAUUGACCAAACUAGAGACAGUAACUAAAACAGACAUGGCACAGAAAAAAUCUGGAAUGUUCAGCUUCAUGAAGGGUGACGCAAAGUCCGAAGCUGAUAUAGAGAGGAUUAAGGCAACACUGAUGUUAUGUUAUGGUUAUGUAGCCCUUUAUUCCCCACCUAGUCUCAUCAUAUCCAGAAUGGAAGCAACAAUACUCCGAUCUCUUACACCACAUUUUGCCAAUGUCAAGGACACAAGUGUGAAGCAGAAUUUAAUCCGAGCUGUGAAUCAGAUUGGUCAGGCUUUACAUCCCAGCCAUCUUGGACAGACAUAUAAUUUCUCCAACAGAGGAGAGUUCCUGACACACCUGCAGUCAUACAUGCAGCUAGAGAGUACACAGAAUAUCGGAAAUGAAACACGCGCACUUGCUAUGAAAUCGUGUACAACCCUUGUCAAAUUAGAUCCUAUAUUAAACGAUGCAGACAUGUUUGAUUUGGUUAAGACGGCAACAGACUGCGUUUUUCAGCUUCCACUAGACGGUGGUUUUACACCAAAGAAAGGCCGUGAUCAGGCAGCAGAUCAGUUGGAGACUGAGGUGUUAAUGGAGGGGACAGAAGAGGCACUCGAGGAACUACUGACAGAAUUACUCACUAAAGACUGCACCCCUAAUGCAUUUGACAGUAUACUUAAGCAUUUGGUACCAUGGUUUUUAUCUCUACAUGAUCAUGAGAGACAACGGGCAAUGAAAACAACACAUGUAUUACUGAAGUUCCUGUUAGAAAAUAUGGACAGUAGCAAGAAGCACAAGUACCCACAUGAACAUGUACUGCUGGCAAGACUUGUACCUCGAUGUUCUGACCCUUGUAUUGAAGUGAGACAGAUGAGCAUGGAUUGUAUACAGGCCACUUUGUUAGUAGCCCAGAGAUGUGAAGGGUUAGGAGCGGAUCAUAAAGAUCCAAUGGUAGAAGCACUACCAACACUAAAGGAAAGAUUACAAAAAGGAGAUCCAAAUGUUCUCUAUAGUGUGGUUAAUGAUUUAUCAAAGGUUAUAUCUAAGAAGUUGCCCUCUGACCAGCUCAAACCUUUCAUUGAGAUUAUACAGGAAGGACUCCUGGACCCGCAGUCCCACAGCUCCUCUGGGGCAUGUGUCGUUCUUAAUGGAAUCAUGAAAAAUAGGGGAACAGAGCUUCAAAAAGAGGUGGAGAACAUCCUGAGCUCUGUCCAUGGCAAGUUGUUCCAGAUCCAGUUUCCUCAGACUAAGACAGGUGCUCUAAGAACCAUCAGAACACUAGCACAGCAUCAUCUUCUGUUGGUGCUAAAAUCAUUGUUAAACUAUCCACUACCUUACGAUGAAAAUGUGGUAGAAAUCUGGAAGAUCCUGUCACAAGAUACACAGAUUGUUGCAGUGAUGCUAGACCACAUGUUAGAACUGUAUCAGAAGAGCUUGCCGUAUGAGGAGAAAGCACAGGAGGGCCGAGAACCAGUCCGAAAGGCAACACAAGUACCUCUAGCUAUAACUUGUGCCUUAGUUGAGAUAUUUCAAGUAGAGGAAACUGAAGAUCAGGUGAAGAAGAACUACCAUCGAUUGUUUGCUGCACUGAUGGUUAGAAUGGGCUCCAGUGUAGGGGUUGAACCCCUUAAACAACAAGUGCAAGAGAAAGAUCCCAAAGAUAAGAAGAAAGGUGCUCCACCACCUAACCCCAGCAAGCAGGUUAAACCUAGCAGUGUUGCAGUAGAAGCUUUCAGGAAGUUUCUAGAGAUCACAAAGAGUGAGGAUAUACAGGAAGUACUAGAUACUGAGGAAUGCUGGGAAAAAUUUGAAAACAAAGAUGAAUAUCCUGAAGGCAUCAACACUCUUACAACAGCAUUGAUUAAGAGCACAGUAGGCGGAGAGUAUGUGUCAAAAAUUGUGGCCAGUUUGACUUCAGUCCUGUCCAGUUUAUAUGAUCCUCAAAGAAUAGUGGUAGCUGCAUUCUUUGCAGAGCUUGUGAAUCAAAAGUGUAUGGGUGAUGAUGAUUUGAUUGAACUAGUGAUGAACAGUUUAUUGGGUCGACUCGUGGAUUCCUCACAUGUGGUUAGACAAAUGUGUAUACGUGGACUUGGAAAUGUUGCUAGCAUAGGGAAAACACAGGUUCAGCACUAUUCCACGACAGUUUUGUCUGCGAUGAUGGCGGGUAUGGAUGAUAAGGAGGACCCGGAGGAUGAUAUAACUGUAGAGGCUAUGAGCGGACUGUCUAGAGUACUAACGGAGAUUGAUGAAAGCCAUAUACGUGCAAUACUUAUAAAUGUAGCUCUUAGAAUCAGGCCAUGCUUUGAAAGGGAUAAAGCCAAUGUACGUGCACAGUCUAUAAUAUUGUUUGGAAAUUUAUCUGAGUUUGGAGAUGGCCCAUCAAAGCAGCCAUUCUUGGAGCAAAUACACAGCAACUUUGUCAGUCUUCUGCUUCAUCUUAAUGAUCCAGACAUGGAAGUGAAAAAGGCUUGCAAAUACGCACUGAGAAAGAUUGGUGCUCUGAUAGGGUCCGAGCAAAUCAACACAAAGUUUCAGAAACUGUUGCUGGAUGAUGCAAACCUGCAUUAUGGAGAAUUCAUGAAUGAUCUUUCCAAAUUAAUUAUCCAAGAUUUCCCAGAGAAGGUGAAUUUCUAUGUGAUGGGCUGUGUGUCUUUCUAUAAGAGUAUGUGGCCUGAAAUCAAGAGUAAUGCAGCAUUGUUUACAGGGUUUCUACUUGGUAACUUGCCAGAGGAUAAACAGGGUGUUAUUUCUAAGGAGCAUGUAUGUGCUGCACUGAUAUUACUGUUGAAGGACCCUACACCAGCAGUUAGGUCUGCAGCAGCAGAGGCAAUUAGCUUGCUGGAUAAAUAUUAACAAUUGCAGGAAAGUGACAAUGUUAUCAGGAAGUAGAACUAUUGCCUUAAGAGCUUUUACAAGAGGCACAGCAACUACAAAGCGAGACACUAUUUUGUGAAACAAAUUCACAUGAUUUUUGGUCAACCCUGCACUUUAGAUAAAAAUAAAAAUUGCAUGGGUGGGAUAAAAAUGUCGGUAUGCAGGAAAAGUGCAUGAAUGUCGAUUCUAUAACAAGAUAUAAACCUUAAGCAUGAGAUUUAAUAACAUGACUAUUUUUAAGUUCCAGUGAGCAGUAAGAAUUCCUUAGUAAGACUACUUGAUAACCACAAAGUUUUAAUUAUUACAAGGGGACCAAAUAAUAUUUUCUCAUAAGUCUUACCAAGUGUGAGCAAAAACAAAGUAUUUAUUGUUUUAUAUUUGUUUAUUUGAUAAUUGGUUAACUGUUAGAAGUAAUAUUUUUAAUCUGUUAGAAUAUUGUUUUAUAUUUCAUCUCUAAGAUAAACACUUUCAGCUUUAAGUGUAAUGUUUAUUUUGUUUUAAGUUCUUGCAGUUGUUAGGAUAUUUUUGUGAAGACAUAACAUUGUCAUGUGUUCAUGACUGGUUAAGACACAAUUUCAUCUUUACAAUAGCUUUGCACUGAGAUGACAAUCAUUUUCAGAGUAUGGGCAUCAGUUGGAGAAAAUACUUGAAAAAAUGUUUUUUGCAAGCAGUGUUAUUACAUAUCAUGAUUUGUGCAGUAUUUUGUACUGUAAAAUUAUAUCCUAAAUUUAUUUCUAGCUUGUUUAAGUUUCAAACUGAUUAAGAAAAUGAAGAUUUUUCAUAUGUAAAUACUUCCCAUUCAACAUGUAGUAGCAUCUUGCUGAUAUGUUUUGGGUAAAUGUGAAGUCCUUUUCAAGUUUGUGAAAGCUUGCACCUUGUGCAAAUGACCUCUAGUAUAUACUUAUUACAAAGUAUUUCUGUAAUAUACAAAAUUAUUAAAAGGGAAAAAACAUCCAAGAUGUAUUUCCAAAUAUCUAAAAUUGAUUUUCACUAUAAUGUUUGGUACUACCAGUAAUAUGAAUUUUACUGGUACAUCAGAAUCUGUGAAAACCCAUGCAUUCAAAUGUAUAUAUAUAUCACCUGGGUGUUGUAAAGACCCAAUAAAAGAAAAAGUGUAGAGUAAGGCAGUCUACAAGUAUAUAUUUAACAUGUCAACUUUUUCAUGAACCUUCAGUUCAGUAUAUGUUACAUUUAAUGUGUUAUUUUAAUUUAUUUCCAUAUAUAACAAAAUUUCACUUAGUAUAGCCUAAAUCCUUUUUAGUAGUUUUAAUAUAGAACGAAAGUUGUAUGUCAUGUAUUGUAAAUGCAUAUGUAUAGGUAGAUACAUGUAUAUGUAGGAAAUAAAGCCAUAAUGUAAUUGUGAUAUAAACAUCAGUGUAGUUUCAUCAUUGACAUUAUUUCAAGUAUAAAAAACAUUUGUUAAUUUGACUUGCUCUGUAAUAGGUAAAGAAAGAAGGAAUUUUGAUGUUAAAGCAGAAAAAGCUUACAUGAAUAAAAGAAUGUUACAUUUGUGUCUUUCCACAUUGAAUUUAUUAAACUUGUUGAAUAUAAAUCCUCGCAUUUUAUUAAUUCAUUCAGCUUGUUUAAUAAAUGCAGUUUGAAAAGACAGCCAUGUGACAGGCAGAUUUGAAAUUACCCCGUUUGUUUAAACAUUAUUCCAUACCUCAUGUUUUUAUUUCAAUGUAAAUGAGAUAUGAAACCAAAAUUUGUAGUCCUGUUUGGCGCCAUAUAACCUAUACUGUGUUGGUGCGCGGUAAAACCCAAAUAAAAUAAAAAAUAAGUUAAACAUUGUUACUUGCUAACAUUGUUUACAGAUGAGCCUUGAAACUAAAAUAUCAUCCUUUACAAAUAUAUGCUCAUUAUUUCACAUAUAUGUUUAGGUGUAUUGCAAUUUUCAAAAUUACAUUUAAUAUGUACAAUAUAUAAAGUAAUGGUAAUUUUUUUUUACUUAUGAUGUUGAUUUUUCUAAUUGAUGCCAUUGAUUCAGCCUGUGAUUGUUUGUUUAGCAGUAGAAGUGUGAUUUCUAGGAUUAUUGUAUAAUAUAUUGCAGUUUAAAGAGAUGUUAAUGAUUAUUCACUUUAUAUUUAUGUCUGGUAUAAAAAAAACCUAGCCAAAACUGUGCAAUAAAUACCUACACAACGCUUC